AUGUCUGCUGAAGGAGAGGUCCAGAAUUUGCUACAACAAGCCCAGUCCUCAAAUGGGGCUAAUGCGAAACAAAUCAUACAAAGAGCAAUUGAGAUUUGUCAAUCGCAAAGGGUGGACCCUAACCUGUUUUGUAAAGUUAGGAUUGUUUUGGGUGAUAUACUUUUGUCAGAGGGUGAUCAAAAGGCUGCAGUCGAUCAGUAUAGAAUGGCUGCAGAGCUUGAUGAGCAAGAUGGAGUCAUUAACUCGCCGGAGGUGCAACAAAAGCUGAACAAUAUAUUGAACAAUAUUUCCGGAUCUUUGCAACGUGAGGUUGAACAAAAUCCGAAUUAUGGCUCAAAUGAGAGAGGUCUGAGCUCAAUGCUAAUAUCUCAGGUGCUGAGUGGAGGCAACUCCACCUCAUCCCAACUGGGCAUGCUAUCAUCGCUCCUCGGUGCCAGCGGAAGUAGCACGGGUAGUGGACUUGGAGGAGGGAUGGGAGGAGGAUCGAGUGGAUUCGGAUCACUCAUCUCUGCCUUGGCUGGCGCAGGUGCCACUCCUCAACACCAGCAGAGCCAAGGUGGAUUCAAUCUCGGCUCUCUUCUUGGAGGCAGUAGUGGUAUGGCUAGCUCCACGGGUGGAGGCAUGGGAGGAGGUUUAGGCUCCCUCGUUUCUGGGUUGUUGGGAGGACAACAUGGUGGCUCUGGUUUCGGUGGAGGACAGCAAGGAGGUUAUGGAUCUGGUGGAAUGGGAGGCCAAGGUGGAUAUGGAGGAGGAAGAUACGAUAAUGCCGGCUAUGGUCAAGGUGGAUAUGGUGGCAGUGGAAGGUACGAUGACAAUGGCUAUGGCCAAGGAGGUGGAUUUGGUGGUAUGGGAGGACGUCGUCAAGAAGGUGGAGGAGGUUUCUUUUAA